ACUCGGGCAUUACUACUACAGAACUCACUUGUAAUAAUGGGAACUUCUCCCCUUCACCUCCUACAUGUUCCGCAAAUUGUAAUCUUGAAGCGGUACCCAAUUCAAAUCAGACAACGAAUGUUACCGUCGAACACGAUGCAACAGUCGUUGUAGCUUGUGACUCGGGCUACACUUCUGACUCGGGCAUUACUACUACAGAACUCACUUGUGAUAAUGGUACCUUCUCUCCUUCACCUCCUACAUGUUCCGCUAUCUGUACUGUGGACAGUAAUUGCUUGAAUGGAGGAACAUGUAAUGCCAUGGAAUUGACCUGCAAUUGUACAUCAGACUUCACAGGCUUAAACUGCGAGACUGAAAACUGUGCUCUUGAAGCGGUACCUAAUUCAAAUCAGACGAUAAAUGCUACCGUCGAGCACGAUGCCACUGCCGUUGUUGCUUGUGACUCGGGCUACACUUCUGGGUCGGGCAUUAUUACUACAGAACUCACUUGUGAUAAUGGUACCUUCUCCCCUUCACCUCCUACAUGCUCCGCUAUCUGUACUGUGGACAGUAAUUGCUUGAAUGGAGGAACCUGUAACACCAAUGCAUCAACCUGCAACUGUACAUCUGACUUCACAGGCUUAAACUGCGAAUAUGCAAAUUGUGCUCUUGAAGCGGUACCCAAUUCAGAUCAGACAAUGGAUGUUACCGUCGAACACGAUGCCACUGUCGUUGUUGCUUGUGACCCGGGCUACACUUCUGACUCGGGCAUUACUACAGAACUCACUUGUGAUAAUGGUACCUUCUCCCCUGCACCUCAUAACGCUACGUGUUUCGCUGAAGAGCAACAGAACGCAACUGCCACAACUCCAAUGGCAGAGGUAACAACCGCAACUUACAUGGAGCAGAAUGCAACCACCUCAGACGCCGUGCAAGAGAACAUAACUGCAACUUCAACGCCACAGAAUGCAACUUCAUCAACAAUAAUGCAAGAGAACACAACUGCAACUUCAACGCCACAGAAUACAACUUCAACAACAACAGUGCAAGAUAACACAACUGCAACUUCAACGCCACAGAAUACAACUUCAACAACAACAACAAAGCAAGAGAACACAACUGCAACUUCAACGCCACAGAAUACAAUUUCAACAACAACAAUGCAAGUGAACACAACUGCAACUUCAACGCCACAGAAUACAACUUCAACAACAACAACAAAGCAAGAUAACACAACUGCAACUUCAACGCCACAGAAUACAACUUCAACAACAACAACAACAACGCAAGAUAACGCAACUGCAACUUCAACGCCACAGAAUACCACUUCAACAACAACAACAAAGCAAGAUAACGCAACUGAAACUUCAACGCCACAGAAUACAACAACGAGCACCACAGACCAACAAAGCACAACUCCAGAAAACACAGCUACGACAGAUGAUACUACAACAGAUUCAUCCACGACAGAUGAUACUACAACAGAUUCAUCCACGACAGACGUUUCGCAGGAGACCACUGCUGAGGGAAGUACAACAUCAGAGGCAGCGACCACAGGAGACACCGUUUCAGAAACAACAACUGAUACGACCACCACGACACCUGCCGCAAGAACUGCUACGACUACCACGACACCUGCCACAACAACUGAACUGUCAACCACUGACCUCGAUGAGUGUUCAACCGGGAUACAUGACUGCGACACCAACGCACUGUGUAUAAACACGGCGGGAAGUUACAGAUGUGAAUGUCGAAGUGGGUUUGAAGGCGACGGAUUCACCUGUUACGAACGCAUCUACAUUGCCUAUGGUCCUGGUAUCGAUGAAACGCGAUACUAUCGAUACGGAAUGCUUGGUUACUAUACGAUCAGACUUGAAACAGGUUUCCCUGUUGGGCGCUCUACGCUGUAUACGUACAUUACGUUUACAUCAACAGGAAUGAUCCACUUUUCAAACUACUAUCCUCGUUACUAUCAUCUAACGAAAUACAUCCACCCAUCUACGUUUACUUUCUGGGACCAGUUCUACAGGGACCCCGCCAUUGCGGUCUUCGGUGCAUCGGUCGAUCUCAACCGCGGUAGCCCAGGCAUUUACUAUCAGGUAUACGACAUUAACAGGUCUUAUGGAAACUCUGCGUCCCAGCUCUCUGCACUUAAACAAAGAAUUUAUGAGGCCUUUUCACUCCCAUCAGGAAUCAAUUCUCAACAGUUUAUUGAAGGGAUCAACUUCUUUUUGAAGAUUACUUGGUAUAGGGUCCAACCUCCAGGAUCUAUUCCAGGAGAGGAGACGAAUACCUAUCAAGCCGUUCUCUUCACUGACGGCAGGAGAAGUGGUAUCUUGAACAUGUACCAGGAAGGCAGUUUCCUUUGGGACUCAUUCUCCAAGCCGGUACCGGCAAGAAUAGGAUGGAACAUCAAGAGUAAUCGAUAUAAUAGAUACCAAGGCUACAGCAGAUCUGAACGGGACGAAAGCUACCGUCCCGAUCUGAGAACUGGCAACACCCGUCUACUGGGGAGAGACAUUUACCGUCUUGACGACAACCCUGACUGGUAUAUAAACGCACGCCGAUACUGUCAAGACUGGUAUGAUAGGGAUCGGUCUUAUUGGUCGUGGGCGUGGCUUGCAGAGCCAUGCCCCUGCACCCUAUGGCAGGCCCGGAUAGAUCGAAGGUUCACCCGCUGCAACUACCCAUACUACGGGUAUGGCCCCGACUACGAUUACAGAUUCGGUUACAAUACCGGACCUCCCCUCUACUAUUAUGAUCGAUGGGGGACUUCCUGUUACCAACCUCGAUGGCCCCGCUUUGGUGGAGGAUAUAGGUGUACAUAUUAUUCAUUUUUCUGGUGGUCCUCGUCUUUGAUCAGGGGUUAUAGAAGUCUCUGGAGGUCCAGUCAUUACCAAGCCGUCAUGCCGUCCAACGCAAGAUUCUUCUCGUUUUACUAUUAUUCACUGAACUACUAUUAUGCUUGGAUCGAACGUGACGUCCUUCCCCGCUUUUAUUGCUGCGGGCUAGCCGGAGGAAGAUACUGCUACCUUUAUGAGAGACUUCGUCCCAGGGCUCACUGCUGGGGAUACAGACCUCCAAGAUUUGGAUGGUUCUGGGGCGAUCCCCACAUCAACACCAUCGAUGGUAAGAAGUACACCUUUAAUGGUCUUGGUGAAUACAGGUUGAUGUCUUACAACCAUGGAGAUCCGUUCGUUUUACAAUCAAGAACUGGCAAGGCUUUUAACGGCACCGAGCCUGUGGAACAUGGAACAGUAUUCACUGGCUUCGCUGCAACACAAGGUAUCACCACGGUUGAAUUUCAGCUGAAUGACAACAGGACCGAAAUGAACAUUCUUGUUAAUAGGACCUCCAUUAACAUGACGGCCUUUUUGGAAGAUGGAUUUGAUUCCCUGGAUCAGACGUUUAUCUUAUCCUUGGAUACCUCAGAUAAUGAGACCGAACCUGCAAAUGAGACCAAAGUCACAGCUCUCUUCCAAGCAGACGGUCAUCCGAGUACGUCCUUCACCGUGACCUUCAAGAAUGCUAUCCUAGAUAUAGGUGUCAUGGUGCCAUCUGAGUAUUCAGAGAAUGGAACCGGAAUGGGUCUGCUUGGAAAUGUAAAUGGGAACAAAUCAGACGAUUUUCUGCUCAGGAAUGGAACGACAUUGACGGAUCCGCCUGGAAGGAAUUUGACAGACCGAGAGAUAUUCGAGUUUGGGCAGACAUGGCAAAUUAGUGAACAGGAAUCGCUCUUUGAGUAUGGCGACAGUGAUUGGACUUCCUACAAUCCCAGCAACUACACACCAAUCUUCCUCGACGAGCUGCUCGAUCUCGAUCCCAACCGAACCGCCGCGGCCCGGGCAGCUUGCCAGGAGAACGAAGCUUGCCUCUUCGACUACCUUGCUGUAAACCCUGAAAUGGGUCAACAGACAAUGAGCACGGGAGACCAACUUGACAACGACCUCCAAAGCCUCGAUAACUACCCUCCAAACAUUACCGACGUGACAGAGAUUACCAACACCAGUGCUUUACAAGACGACGAUGUUCUCUUUGUGGAAGUGGGCGUGAAUGUUACCUUGAGGAUCAGCGCAGAGGACCCUAACGAAGGAGACGAAGUAACUUAUAGUUUCAAUAGUACAAUACUGGAUGGCGCCACUAUCAGCUCGGAUGGUAUUUUCACAUGGAUACCCCCUAACCUGAACGCGACCUCCAUUGAGAUCAUCGCGGCGGAUGACCGGAACGCACAGACAUCUAUAGCGUACAAGGUUCUCAUCUGUCAAUGCCAGAACAAUGGUGUAUGCGACUUCGCAGACCAAGCCGAGGGCCAGGACCUCAAUGCCAAUGGUUUCGCGGUGGUCACGUGCAACUGCACUGAUGGGUGGUCAGGUGACCAUUGUGACGUAGACUUCGAUGCAUGUGAGGGCAGUGGACCCUGUUAUCCGGGGGUUAUCUGCGAAGACUUGCCUCCAUCAGAUGAUGAAGAAUACAACUGCGGGCCAUGCCCUCCCCACCUGUCGGGCAACGGGAGCAACUGCUUUGACUUUAAUGAGUGCGGCAAUGAAGAUGCAAAUGAUUGUAAUCAAACUUGUGUAAACACUCUGGGAUCUUACACCUGUUCUUGCAACCCUGGAUAUGUAUUAAGCCUUGAUCAGAAAACGUGUAACGAAAUAAGUGAUUGUACCGAAGCCCUGAUGAAUUCUACUGGCUCUGAAAACUGCACCUGUGACUCUGGCUUCGAACUUGAAAAUGGAACUUGUCUAGAUUUCGAUGAAUGUAUGGCGGAUGUCGACGAAUGUCCGUCGGACAUAUCCACUUGCAACAACCUCCCUGGAGACUAUAACUGUACUUGUCUUCAAGGAUAUGAAAACUCAUCCCCGAAAGAGUGUCAAGAUAUUGACGAAUGUUCCACAAUGACGGAUGACUGCGACGGAGCAAAUCAUUUUGUCUGUAUGAAUACCCAGGGUAACUUUACAUGUGUCUGCACGGAGAAUAAAUUCAAUAUCGGUGGGACUUGCGAAGAUGCGUUGACGUUAUCUCUCGGCGUUGGUUUUACUUUCAUCAGCAAUUUUGGAAUUGAAUCGUACCCGGAAGUAAUUGAAUCAGAGGAGACCCAGAAUGAUCUGGCCCAAGAUGUAUUGCAAUACCUCAAUUCAUCAUCAAGUCUCAGUGAUGGCUCACUGCUGGCCGUGUCUGUCCAGAACUAUAGUUUACCCGGAAGUUACGCCCUGGUGUUCUUCCGGGUUGAUCUAAGACUCGGCACUCCCUUAAAUAGUUCCGGUCUGGGGGAGAUUUUCAUGGAAUUACUUCCGGAUACUCGACGUAUUGAACCAUCUCAUAUUGUCAGAGAAGAAGAUAUCAACGAAUGUGAAUUGUCCGAAGAUGCAUGUAGUAAUGGGAUGUGUACGAAUACUGAUGGGGGCUUCUAUUGUACCUGUGACAAAGGCUUCGAGCUUGGAUUGGGAAACGACUCUUGCCUAGAUAUUAACGAAUGCCUCAAAGAUCACGGUUGCAACCAAACCUGUGUCAACUCGCCCGGAAACUAUUCGUGUUCAUGUCAGCCAGGCUUUGUACUUGUCGAUGAUGGGGUUUCAUGCAAUGAAACCAAUGAAUGCGCAUCUGAUCCUUGUCAGAAUGGGGCGACCUGUACGGAUGAGAUCAAUAAGUAUAACUGCACCUGUGCUCCCGGUUACAAUGGAACCGACUGUGAAUCUGAAGCCGGAUCAACUACUACAGAAUCUGUAAUAGAUAUACUAACCACGACAAUGGGAGCGGCACCUACAACACGUGUUGUCCCUGGUGAAAUAUUCAGGAGCAUCGUAAGGAUGGAACUGACAGUAAGCAGUGUGGGUGGUUUUGCUAUUGAGUUCACAGAGGAACUAGAAGAUAACACAUCCCCUGAAUUUCGUGAGAUGGAAGAAAUAUUUUGUGGAGAGGUAAUAGAAAGCUGUUGAUUGUUUUGCUUUCCG